CGUCAAACCACUUACGAAGUGAAGCAGUCAAGAUGCAGAUCUUCGUGAAGACCCUGACGGGCAAGACCAUCACCCUCGAGGUGGAGUCUUCCGACACCAUCGACAACGUUAAGGCCAAGAUCCAGGACAAGGAGGGCAUUCCCCCUGACCAGCAGCGAUUGAUCUUCGCCGGCAAGCAGCUCGAGGAUGGCCGCACUCUGUCCGACUACAACAUCCAGAAGGAGUCCACCCUCCACCUGGUCCUCCGUCUCCGUGGUGGUCUGAUUGAGCCCUCCCUGAAGGCCCUUGCCUCCAAGUACAACUGCGAGAAGAUGAUCUGCCGCAAGUGCUACGUAAACGACUCGCUUCUCGGCGUUCUGGUUCGGUGGUUUUACGAUGGAGUAUCAAGGAACAUGGGAAUUCACGGACAGCAGCAUAUGGGAUCAGCUCAGAUGCUCAAGAUUACAUAGUUGCCAGUGAAUCGAGCCCAACGAAGAGAAUCCAUUUUUGCCACGAUGCCUCUCAUUGUACCAACUGAGAACUGCUGAUGUAAUAUGGGUCGACCAUGCCAGGCGUUGGUGGGAAAAGUUGCCUGUCGACACGAUUAGACAGGGGCGGCUUUGGAGCCUACCAGUAAUCAAUCUGAUGAACCGUCUUAUC